GUGGCGACUGCUGAGGCGGCGGCGGCGGCCUUUGUAGCGCGCACGCGCUACGACGAAGAGCUUCUCCCAGGUGACCGGUACAAAAUGGCAGCCCCUCCCGAUUAGACGCCCAAGGCAGUAAAUUGGCAAAGCUCACGAGUCACGUUACGCACGCCACGGGAAUCUAACAACACAUCAAUCGACUCACAUGACACCGAGAAGAAGACGGUGGGAAUAAACAAGUGCAAAUCCAUGAUAAGAAAAAGUUCUCGCCUGGAGUUAUCGGGCUAUUACAACAGCGACGGUCAGCCCGUCAUCUCGUACAAGGAGACGCCAUACAGGAAGCUGUGGACACGGAGCCGCGCUCAGCAGCGCCCCCACAGGGUCGCCACGGACAACGCCAAGGAAGCCACCCCGCUGCCUGACUCUCCUGUUGAAGACGUCAGACCGGCACGCAGAGGAAAAGGACUGCUACGCUUGGCACGGAAUUACCUCAUCCCCAUCUUCAUCCCUGCACUCUGGAUCUUGUGCGAGCCCUUGGUCCGUCAGAUGGCGGGCGGCCCCGCUCCCUCCAACGCGAUGGCCGGACGUGGCAACGAGCUCUUGGAGGAGGUUUACACAGCGUACAACGAGCUCAAAGAGCUUCUGCACAUACGCAAAGAGGACCCGUCGUGGACCUCCAUUCCCAACUACGCACUCCAGUCGGCGGGUGCCCGGGUGCUGUGCAGCGCCUCGUCGCUGCCGUACAUGGCGAAAGCGUUCCGCGUGCCCUUCCUGGGCCUGGUGCGCGUGCCCUUCCUGGGCUGGAGGGGAAAUGUCCCCUAUGUCUCCCGGGCACGAGUGGUCAUUGAGGGCAAGUCGGAGCUGAAUCCGGGCGACUGCUGGGCCUUCGCCGGCCAGCAAGGCAACCUCACGGUGGCCCUCUCGCACUCGGUGCUGGUCACUAGCGUCACCCUCGGACACAUCACCAGAAGCAUCUCGCCCACCGGCGACAUCCCGCACGCGCCCAAGGAAUUCUUAGUCUAUGGUUUGGUGUCUUUGGAGUCGGCGGCCGUGGAACUGGGAAGGUUCAAGUAUGAGCGGAUUGGGCCCGUGUUCCAAAAUUUCCAAAUAUCGCAGCCCAAAGGCGCCGGUGUGAGCACGCACGUGACGCUGAGCGUGCACAGCAACUGGGGCGACCCCACCUACACGUGCCUCUACAGCUUCAGGGUGCACGGAGCUCUGGCGUCCUGA